GAGGCUGGGGUUCCCCUGGGAGGAAGACCAGGGUCUGGUUGUGCUUGGGCUUGCACCUUGGGAGCUCCUUGGGGUGUUGUCAACUUGGGAUCUCAAAGUUGUGGUUCCCGGGAGGCGUAAGUCUGUGGGUGUGCGUGCCACUGCGCCGUGAGCUGUGGCUCCAGGCCAGGGCACUAUGCAGGCAGAGCUCUUGUUUGGGGACACAGGCAGGGAGCGGCGCAGGCUGACCGCCCACUCGCCCCGUGGAGUGAGCCUGAGAUAGGCGGCCGCCAUGGCCGAGUGAGGGGCUCGGGGAGCUCACCGUCAGGACGUUUUGCGCUCCAGCCACAAUACCAAAUAGCGAAGAUGAUCUACAAGUGCCCCAUGUGCAGGGAGUUCUUCUCGGAGAGAGCCGACCUCUUCAUGCAUCAGAAAAUCCACACGGCCGAGAAGCCCCACAAGUGUGACAAGUGCGACAAGGGCUUCCUGCACAUCUCGGAGCUCCACAUCCACUGGCGAGACCACACGGGGGAGAAGGUGUACAAGUGUGACGACUGUGGGAAGGACUUCAGCACCACAACGAAGCUCAACAGACACAAGAAAAUCCACACGGUGGAGAAGCCCUACAAGUGCUACGAGUGCGGCAAGGCCUUCAACUGGAGCUCCCACCUCCAGAUCCACAUGCGCGUGCACACGGGCGAGAAGCCCUACGUGUGCAGUGAGUGCGGCAGAGGCUUCAGCAACAGCUCCAACCUCUGCAUGCACCAGCGUGUGCACACGGGCGAGAAGCCGUUCAAGUGUGAAGAGUGCGGCAAGGCCUUCCGCCACACCUCCAGCCUGUGCAUGCACCAGCGUGUGCACACUGGCGAGAAGCCGUACAAAUGCUACGAGUGCGGCAAGGCCUUCAGCCAGAGCUCCAGCCUGUGCAUCCACCAGCGGGUGCACACGGGCGAGAAGCCGUACAGGUGCUGUGGCUGCGGCAAGGCCUUCAGCCAGAGCUCCAGCCUGUGCAUCCACCAGCGGGUGCACACGGGCGAGAAGCCUUUCAAAUGUGAUGAGUGUGGCAAGGCCUUCAGCCAGAGCACAAGCCUGUGCAUCCACCAGCGGGUACACACCAAGGAGAGAAACCAUCUCAAGAUAGCAGUUCUGUGAGCCCUCCACUCAGUUCCGACUCCUAACACCCACAAGUGCCACUAGGAAGGAAGCCCUGUGUACCUGACGCAGCCUGGGAACUGUGCAGCAGCCCCUGGCAGAAUGCUCUGAGGCGGCGUGCACUGGGUUGCCUCCUGGGUUCAUGCCAGGCGUGUGCCAUGACAUGGCCUUGACCGUGGCGUCCCCGUGAGUGUCCACACAUUACAGGCGGCUGGGUCCUGGUCAGGGCCGCGUGUGGGCCUCCUGCUGGAAGUCGGCACAUGCGGAGACCA